AUGGUGAAAAAGAUCUCAGAGGAGAGUGUAGAUAGCGGCGUAGGAAGAGGCAGCAGUCAGUCGGGGAGCGAGCGGGAAACAGAAGAGGUACCACGUGGGCCAGAAGCAUCAGCCCCUGUGCCCAUCCCCGACAGCGAUGAUCUGCAGCGACGCAAGGAGGAAGCUCGAAGGAAGCGCCGCAGGAAGAAGCGCUCCGGCAGCUCGGUCGUAACGUCUUGUUUCCAAGACCUGUACAAGUUAACCGGCGAGGUGCUGGGAGAAGGCGCGUACGCCUCGGUGCAGACCUGCGUGAACAUCUACACGGGCCAGGAGUUCGCAGUGAAGAUAAUUGACAAAGUGCCGGGGCACGCCCGCGCCCGGGUCUUCCGCGAGGUGGAGACCUUCCACUACUGUCAGGGGCACCCGAAUAUAAUCCAGCUCAUUGAAUUCUUUGAAGACACCGACAAGUUUUAUCUUGUCUUCGAAAAGAUCAACGGCGGUCAGUUGCUCGCGCGCAUCCAAGAGCACCACUACUUCUCGGAACCGCAGGCGGCGGAGAUAGUGCGCGAGAUCGCCAACGCCCUGCACUUCCUCCACGGCAAGGGCGUGGCCCAUCGCGAUCUCAAGCCCGAGAACAUUCUCUGCGUGCACCGCGACAGACUCUGCCCGGUGAAGAUCUGCGACUUUGACCUGGGCAGCGGCAUCAGCUUCACGUCGAGCCUGGCCAGUCCGCUGGCGACGCCGCAGCUCAUGACGCCGGUCGGAAGCGCUGAGUUCAUGGCCCCGGAAGUGGUGUCGCUGUUCGCCGGUUCCGCUGCGACGCACUACGACAAGCGCUGCGACCUGUGGUCCCUUGGCGUGAUCGCGUACAUUUUGCUGUGCGGCUAUCCGCCGUUCCGGGCCAACUGCGGCGCAGAUUGUGGCUGGGAGCGCGGCGAGAAUUGUCGCGCUUGCCAGGACCUGCUCUUCACUUCUAUACAGGAGGGCAGAUAUACAUUCCCCGACGAGGAAUGGGCGGACAUAUCUCACGAGGCGAAGGAUUUGAUCCGGCAGCUGCUAGUUCGCGAGGCGUCUCACCGCCUCAGUGCGGAGAGAGUGCUGCAGCACCCGUGGCUGCGUGUGGCCGAUUCCGUGCUCUACCCGCCGCUGCAGACACCGAUCAACAUUAAGCGGAAUCUCUCGGCGCGCAACCUGUCUAACUUCGCGGAAUCGGCCAUGGCAGUGAAUCGUGUGAUCCAGCAGCACUUCUCGAUGAACUAUUCCUACAUGGAGCGCCCGACGCCGCUGCGCUGCACCAAGUCGUGUCACCCGUCACCGAACCAGAUCAUCGAGGAGAUGCAGAAUAUGGCGGUCGGAGAUUACUGCGCUCCGUUCGGCCUCUCGCCGCCGACUGAAUCGCAACUGCUGCGCCGCCGGCUGCAGUCCACAGAUAAACCACUCCCCGUGCAUUAG